AUGAUGGCCUCCACGCCACUGUCGCCCAAGGGGAAGGAGAAGAAGGAGAAGAAUGGGCUGUGGACAUUCGACGAAGAGGUGAUCAUGCUGAAUGCAUACCUUAAUGCAAUCAAGAAGUCCACGAAUAUGACCAACAUGGAGAAACGAAAGUGUUGGGACUCCGUCACACAAACGUGCCAUGAGCACGGGUGCGCUUGGGACAAGGACCAGAUUUACUUCAAGUACAGCCGCAUUCUCUACGACUUUGGUCUGUGGAACUUUGUGCGCAAGUGCCGAGGGGCCAUCGUCGACCCAGCCACGGGCUUUAUCACGUUGUCGGAGGAAGGUUGGGAAUUUGCCAUCCAGAAAAAGCCCAAGUGCGUCAAGUUUCGGACGAAAGGAUUCGUGCACCGAGAAAUCAUGGAAGCUAUCACUGGCGAAGACGGCACGCAUUUUGAACCCGAUUCCACCGAGAUGGACGCUCACAUGAAGAAAGGGGAGAAGCGCGGCCGAAAGCGACUUGAUCGGAACAGUGACGGCGGGGGUGUCAGUGGUGGGUCUUCGAAGAAGCAGGCAAGGGGAUCUCCAGAAGGCCAGUUGCACGCUGUCGCCGAAUUGUUUUCGGCCGAAACGAUGCGCAACCUCAACGAGUAUUUAAGGGCAGGAACUCGUGCGUUUGACGCACUGUCGCAGUAUCUCGAGCAAGAACGGCUCAAGAACGACUUGUCUUCCAUGAAUGUUUGA